UCUGGUUAGUGUGGUUACCUUGAUGAUGAGUCAUUCUGGACUAGUCCCGGCAUGUCUACAGGAGCUCUGUGAUUAAAUCAGCUGUUACAGUCAGUUUGAACGUGAACAUACAACCCUGCUGCUGACUCAGCCCUGACUGGCCCUGUAAAGGCCCUGAUAGGCCCAGUUAGGCUAGGCCAGGACAUUUAGGCUGGUCUAGUCCUGACAUGUCUGAGCUAGUCUAUAAGAGGCUGCAGCUCUGUUCUGCUCCACUCUGACUGCACUUUAUCUAUUUUUACUUGCACAGGAUGAUCUGCAGCUGAUAUUUUUCUCUCUGUAUAUACUGAGGGGGGCGCUAUGGGAAAUACCAUUUUAACGGGAGGGAGACAUGGAUCCACUUCCUGGUCGGCAAAAUCCAACCGUUCAUCUCUCCUCAUAAUAAGCAAAGACCAGUGUUGAAAAUUAUGCAGGAUCAAUUAGCCUCACCAUGUCAGCUGAUGGGGAGCUCAGCACCGACACCAGUGACGACAACAAACUGGUCAGACCAAAGGUAGAGUUCCAUUCUUUGCUGCAACAUGCAGGAGCCACUAAAGAUGUUUUCACCAUGAAGGAGGUGAUGUUCUACCUGGGUCAAUACAUCAUCCAGAAGCAGCUGUACGACCAGAAGCAGCAGCACAUCGUCCACUGUUCCCAGGACGCACUGGGGCGGGUACUGGGAGUCGACAGCUUUUCUGUUAAAGAGCCACGAGUUCUGUUUGCAAUGAUCACCAAGAACCUGGUGGCUGUGAAGAGCCAAGAAUCGCCACCAAACUCGAAUGAACCACACAGCAACAAUCAGCCAGAGAGAGGGACAGAGGAGGCAGAUUCAGAAAGUCGCUCAUCAUCACCAGACAGGAGGAGGCGGCGAAGGAGGAGGCGGAGGAGGAGGAGCUGCAGGAGCAACGAACCAGGACCCUCCCACAGUGUAGAGGAUGAUGAAGAUGAGGAAGAGUCGGACGAGGAAGAGGAAGAAGAGGGUAAGAAGAGGAGGAGGUCUGACAGCUACUCCCUGACGUUUGAUGACAGCCUGUCCUGGUGUGUGAUUGGCGGAUUGGGAAGUGGGCGGGACAGACACAGCAGCCAAUCGUCGGACUCACACAGCACAUCUGGGAGGUCAGAGGUCACGGUCCCAGCAUCAGACUCAGACAGUGACAACUUCAGUGUCGAAUUUGAGGUUGAGUCCAUUGAUUCUGAUGAUUACAAUGAAGAUGAUGCCUCUGUGUCUGCCGAUGACCAGGUGUAUGAGGUUACAAUCUUCGAGGCUGAGGAUGACGACUCCUUUGAUGAAGACACAGAGAUCACUGAAGCUGACUACUGGCGGUGUGUGAGGUGUGACGAGUUGAACCCCCCACUCCCCAGGAACUGUCUUCGCUGCUGGACUCUGCGCCAGGACUGGCUGCCUGAGGUGUCAAACAACAUAUCUAACUCCAACCCCUCCGGUCCUAAACCUCUGCCCACAAAGCCAACCAUCCAAUCAGCAGCCAAAGAAGCUCCAGGUUCUGAUGUCGAGGAGAAUGAAGGAGUUGAUGUUCCCGAUGGGAAAAGAGCAAAAACUCCCCUUCCCUUGUCACAGUGUCUGUCUGACUCCACCCACUCUGCUCCUGACUCCGCCUCCUCUGCUCCCAACUCCCAGGAUCUCUCUUCUUCCCAGCCCUCCUCCUCCUACUCCUCCCUCGACUCCCAAGAGCUUCUCCCAUUUUCCCCGACCGCUUCACCUCCACCUCCCGUUCCUCCACCUCCACUUAACGCCCCCGCGGUCCCCGACUUGGAGCGCAGCGUGUCAGCGGAGUGGCGGCUGCCGGAUUCGUGCCUGGACCCCUGUCUCAUCUGUCAGUCCCGGCCGAAGAACGGCUGCAUCGUCCACGGACGGACCGGGCAUCUAAUGUCCUGCUACGUCUGUGCCAGGAAGCUGAAGAAGAGAAACAAGCUGUGUCCGGUGUGCAGGCUGCCCAUCCAGUCUGUCGUCCUUACCUACCUCAGCUGAGACACCCAGUCUGUCCUCACCCUCGCUCUGUUCUCACCUACCUCAGCUGAGAUGCCAACUCUGUCUUCUCAUUUAGGCCUUUUCCACUACAGGCACGUAACCUCACAAAAGUUAAAGUGUAGCCAUUGUCACGGGUUCUACUUUUUGGGUGAGUUAGGUAUUUUCAAAGUCUUGUGAUGUGCCCAGUGGUGAGCUCCAUUAAGUAGUGAUUCAGUGUUGAAAAAGUUAUUUUGGUCAUUCUCUGGCUCUAGCUUAUGCUUUUCCUCAUCAUAUAUGAUUGUAAACAGCAUAUAUGAUGAAAUUUAUCUGCUAUAACAGGACAUCUGAAUGCAUCUGCUUGGGCUGUGGUAAAUUAUUACUUUUUGUCCCUGAUAUUUUAUUUUCUCAGAAGUUACUGUGUGGUAUCCCAGAUUGUUCUGUCGACAUCUUACUGUGGGUGGGGUUCCUCUAUUCAUUUAACAAUGUAAACAUGAAAGAAAAUCAACAUUGGUGCAGUAUUUUUGAUCACCGACUGCCUCACUGUGCACAAAGUCAGGUCGUUAUUUGGCAAACACAGUGGGAAAAUAAGGCUGAAGCUGGAAACUCAACUUCACGGUGUUCUUUUAAGUUCAGGGUACAGGUCGUUAAGUUCCUGUAGUGGAAAAAAGCUACGUCAUACUCACUUCAAGCAACAGAUACAUAUGACGAGGGUUCAAACGUGUCAACCCCAGUCAUAUUCAACAGCUGUCACAGGUUACUCUCUGGUUGAGACUCCAGUUCAGCCCUACUCACUUCACAAUAACCACAGAAUUACUUACAAAAGUUCAGUUUCACUUCUCAGCUUCUGUCCAUAGGCACAUGUCCACACUUUCUGGUUCUCCUCAUCACUUUAUCCUCUCUCUUUUCGGGACGCUCUUUAAAGGAUAUAUCUGGUGUUUUUCUGUGUUUUUCUUGUUGUCAGCAGAUGACAUGUAAAGACCAAAACCAACAUGUAAGUCCAUCUCUGAGCCCCAAGCCCGUUGGUUCCUACAGAACAUGUAAAGCACCCGGCCCCUUUAGUUCUUGAUAAAUAGUAAUACUCUUGUCUCACUAAAUUGAUUAAUCAUUUAGUUCAUUAAUGGUCAGUCUUUCUAACUUCCCAGAGCCCAAGCUGAUGUAUUUAUAUGUGUUGUUUUUGUUGUUUUAUAUGUCUCUGGAUAACAGUUCAAAACACAAAGAAACAAUUUUACAGUGUUUACAGUGAUAUAAAACAGAAAAUCAGCAAGUUCUUUAAUCUGAGAUUAAGCAGCAACGGUCAUUGAUUUCUUUGACAUUUUAUAACCAAAAAUGCUAAACACGUUCUGUUGGCAGCCUCUCAAACUUGAGGAUUUGUUGCUUUUCUUUGUCAAGUUUCACUGCAAACUGAAUGUUUCUGUGGUGGACUGUUGGUCAGAUGUUUGAAGACAUCACCGUGUUCCAUUGUAACAAUUGAGAAUUGUCAGCUUAGUGUGGUUGACUUUCAGCUAAAUUUGCUCCUCUGAGUAUUUCAUCCAGCAGGAUACAUUCACUGUUGGUUUUAGUCUUUUUAUAGGAUUUGUUGACCAUAAGAAAAAUUUAGAACAUCACUAAACUCGUCUUUUAAAUGGCACUAAAACAUCAACAUGAUUUUUCAUUGCGAAACAGACAUGAUCUCCGAUCUCUUUGUUGUCACUUUCACCUCCUGUCCUCUCCCGCCUCAGCUGAACCCGCUCUCACUUUAAAGGAACGCUCCAAAAUCAUUCUGCUCUCCAUCUUACCCACAAAGACUGGAAGCAGAGGGAAACCGCUAACUGUGUCAGCCACCUUUCAACAGUCUGUGGAGGUUGGAUUCACACCAUCUUCUCUGAAUUUAGGUGAAAAAGACUUCCCCCUAAUACGCCGGAUUGUUCCUUCAACAUCAGUAACGCUGUAUUUGGUAACAUUUCAUUUUACGGGUUGAUAAUUUCCUGGAAAGAAUUCUGUAAUUUCAUAGGAAUAAUAGGAAAAAUAUCCAGCGAUUAAUGCCAAUUUUAUUCUCUAAAGAAGGGAGAAAAAAGUAGAACAUUUUCAGAAAAGCUGAGACCUAAAAAGAUUUUCUAGUUUACUGUAGCCGUUAUUUUGUAUUGAUUAUUCAUAAAUAUACCAAUUAAACACUGUCUAUUUUCCCUAUAGUUAGAACCAAAUUACAUUGUUCUUUUCAGGGAGCUUUUUGUAAAUAGCAAGUUAUUCAAAAUUAUUGACCCAUGAAAUAAAGCUUUACGUUUUUAUCUUAUGGGUCUGUAAUUUCCUAAUCAUUUAAUUGAAAAUUUCCUGGAAAGAAACAUGAAACGUCAGUAAUUAUAGUAAAAUUUGUCGUUUCCAUGAAAGAAAAACAUUUUUCUAACUUUUAAUUAACUUUAUUAUCAGAAAUGUAAUUUGUCACAUACUUUAAUCUGUUAUCUCACUUUGCUGUGCACUGACUUUUAAACUAGCAAGAAAUUAAUAGAAUACUGUCUCUGUUUUUCAUAUAUUCUCACCAGGAAAGUUCCAACAAAGUUAUUAGAAAAUUAGUAGGAAAUUAUUGCCCCGUAAAAUAAAGUGUUCCAUAACAUGCUAAAUAUUUAUUUGUUUAUUUAAGAUGCUUAGAGGUUUAUUUAAACAGACACUUUUCUAUGAGCUCUUUAAAUAAUAAGAUGAAUCUACUGAAAUUUAUAAUUUCUUGUUCAGAGUUUUCUGUGAACUGAAUAAAGUUUAACUUGUCUUAUCA